AUGGCCAUAACAUAUGACUCCGCGCUCUCAAAGCUACAACAGGCUGCCAUUAAGAUCAAAGAAGGUCAAGAUGAGUCGGACAGAAUUGAGUUGGUCUCGCUGGACGAGGCAGUCGGUCGCGUUUCGGCAUGCCAUCACUUCAGCCCCAUCUCGACACCAGAGUUCGACACAUCUGCAAUGGACGGCUACGCGAUCUGCUCAGAGAGUACAAGGCUAGCUUCAGCAGAGCACCCGGUUUUCUUUUGCGUUAUGGGGACAAUCGCUGCCGGAGAUGACUCUCUGACUCUGCCUUUGUGUCAUAAGCGCGAUGGAACCGAGCCUUGCUUCGAGAUCAUGACUGGGGGCCGAUUUCCAGACGGCGGUGAACUUGGAGAGGUGUUCGAUGCGUGUGUCAAAGUGGAAGACACUGUCAGGAUUGCGGGAAAAGAGGCAGAGCUUAGGGCCUGCGUCGCCAUCAGGAAGCCGAUACCGAGGUACGCCAACCGUCGUUUCGCGGGUGAAGAUAUCCGGAAGGGAGACCUGGUGAUGAAGGAAGGAGUCACUAUCCAGACAUCAAACAUCAUGCCCCUCGCUUCUGUCGGCAUUGAGAUGGUCAAAGUGAGGAAGAAGCCGCGGGUAUAUAUAUGGUCAACCGGCAAUGAAUUGACAUCCCAAAAUUUUCAUAUCAAAGACGUCAAUGGAGUAUACCUGACAGCGGCGUCGAAAGAGGCCGGAGCCGAUGCAACCUUUGGCGGCUCAAUUGCAGAUAUGGUAGAAGCCCUCGUUCGGACUAUAAAAGACCGAUUGGAAUCAUCGGCGGUGGAUAUCAUGGUCACUAGUGGAGGUGUAUCCGUUGGAAAGUUCGAUCACGUCCGUCAGGCACUGGAAAGACUUGGUACAACCAUCAUCUUCCACGGCGUAGCUGUCCGUCCAGGCCAUCCGGUUCUCUUCGCACUCCUUCCUUCUGCCUGGGGCGAGGUCGCGUUCUUUGGAUUGCCAGGAAAUCCUGGUGCUGCCGCAGCCUGUUUCAAAUUCUUGACUAUCCCGUAUAUGCGCUAUCUCUUGGGCCUACAACCAGAGAAGCCUGUACUUGCACGCUUGGCGGACCUCCAACUAGAUAGUUCAUCACAAAAGAGCAUUAUGGAUGCGCCGAACAGAGGACUCAGCUGCGACAGGUUUAGACCUGGAGUUCUGCAAAUGAAAGAUGGCGAGGGACUUACCGUUCACGAAGCUGCCGGGGUUUUUGGUCCAGCUAAGAUAGCGCCUUUCGUGCAAGCAAAUUGUUGGAUUCACAUCAAGGCAAACGAAAUCAUACAACCGGGAAAGAAGGUAUAUUGCUAUCCCAUAAGUAACGCUCUGGCAUCAUGA